AUUGAAUUGAGUUAUUUAAAGUCGGAGGAGAUUGCGAGAAACCAAUUACCUUUUCUUGGAAGAUUUAAUUGAUCGAGGUUUAAUAGUUUUGAAACUUUUCUUUUAUUAUUGUCAUUGAAAGUUCGAUUUCCUAAUAGGAUUACCAUAUAGCAGCUACAAUUAUUUCAAGAAUAAGAGGAAAUCAAAGGUAAACCACUUAAGUUUAUGGAUUUUAUUAUUGAAUGUCAACGUAAAUAUGGUUCUGCAAAUGUUUGGCGGUAUUGUACUGAUGUAUUUGAUUAUUUGAUAAUAAGUGCAGUAAUUCAAAAUAGAGUAUUUUGGUUGGAGGAUUAUCUCCAAAUAGUGUCGAAAUCUAUGAUGUAGCAACAUCUUAAAGGUAAAAUAAUUAGAUAGAAAGCAAGAAGUAUAACAUGAAUAA